AUGACUAGUUAUUCAUCCUGUCUAAGUAUUCUGCUAUUCACAACUGCACUAGUGAACGCUCUCGUAUACGCAAAUAAAACCAAUAUUUAUGUAUGCGAGGGAGACGAAGCGUUUCUGCAGUGUCCGCCUGGACAGGUUAUUAAAAUAGAAUUGGCAAAUUUUGGUCGUUUCUCACUUAAAGUAUGUAUCGAUCCAUCUGCUGUGGAAGAUUACUUGGAUGACACCAUCUGUCGUAACCCCCGAACUUUAGGGAUUAUGCAGAAAAAAUGUGAUGGUAAACGAGAAUGUACUCAACGAGCAACUGCGAAGGAUUUCAUAACGGAUGCCCAUCCAUGCCCAACUGUAGACUUACCUUUGUAUCUGGAUUUCAGUUAUUCGUGUGUAUUAGAAGAAACAACAACAACUUCAACUACAACUACUACAGCAGCGCCUACUACAACAACUUCUCAAGAAGAACAGCAGCACGAUGUGAUUAUCGAAAACAAACCUUCUCGUUUGGAUGAAACGAAGCCCAUUCUCGUUUGUUCUGCUCGAACAAUAAAUGGAGUAGAAUAUCCUGCUACACCAGCAGGGUUAACUACAAACGUUAGGCCAUGUAUGGAUGGAGCCACGGGAGAAUCUUGGUGGAAGUGUACCGACGAAGGAUUUUGGUUAGGACGAUAUCCAAACACUACUAAAUGUAUCAGCGAUUGGAUUUUCACGAAGUCUCAACUCUUGGAUGAGUAUAUCAAGAAAGCAGACGGUUGGGGAGUCGCUGAUUUUCUCCGAGAUUUGGCUAACCUCGCGAGAGGAACAAUUCAAGCUGGUGACUUACCUCCUCUUCUCGAUUUCAUUGAAAAAACAAUAAAUGUGCUAACAAAUGAACACUGGACUUUGCAAGUUCGUCAACAGUGCAAUGAUAAAGUGUUCGAGCUAGUUUAUCAUUUGAGUGCACAUGCAGAUGCUUGGACAGCAUGGUCCAGUCAUAAAAAAAGAAAAAUGGCUGAUAAACUGAUCACUUACAUGGAACAAGUUAUUGCUUGGAGUUCAGGAGGUGACAAACCAAUGACAUCUAUAUAUGCCCGAGGACAUUUGAUUGCUCAAAUAAGCGAUUUUUAUGAGAAUCUCAAAAAAACACAUAGUGUGUAUGUCUCUCUUCCUUCUUCGAAAACAUUCGAUUACAUCGAUGACAGUAUUGAUGUGCCUAUCAAAGCAUUCAAAGGGACUGAUGAAAGAUCUGUAGUCUAUUUUUCGGCUACGGAUUCGAUGGGUUCCAACUUUGAACCUGAACCCACCCGUCGAACUUCUCGCGACAGGCCAGAAGGAAUACUGAUUCAAAGAAAGAUUGUCUCCAACAUUGUGACAGCAUCUAUUGUAUCUAAGGGAAAAGUUCAAAAAAUUACAAACAUGCAAGAGCCGAUUUUCAUAACAUUCGGUCAUUCUGCAGAUAUAGUUCGUCGUCUUACUAAUCCUAAAUGUUCUUGGUGGGAUAGUGAAGGACUAGAGUGGCAGAGUAGUGGAUGCGAUUUAAUGAGCCAUAACCUCACACAUACGAUUUGCUCAUGUACGCAUAUGACACAUUUUGCUGUACUCAUGGAUAUUCAUGGACACAAAUUAUCUGACUUUAAUAAUCAGUUACUCACCUUCUUAACAUACUUCGGAUGUUCUCUCUCUAUCAUUUGUCUAGCUUUCACGUUCAUCUGCUUUACAGUAUUCUCCAAAUGUGGAAGCGACAGAGUUUUUAUACACAAAAACUUGUGCGCUAUGUUGUUCAUUGCUGAACUCGUAUUCCUGUUAGGAAUUUGGAGAACUGAGAAUAGAAUGCAAUGCUCAAUUAUUGCUGGAGCUUUGCUCUAUUUUUUCUUGUCGGCUUCAACAUGGAUGUUUCUAGAGGGCUAUCAGCUUUAUAGAAUGCUAGUUGACGUGUUUCCCACGCCAUCAAAAAAGUGGCUUUUUGCACUGAUUGGAUAUGGUUUCCCAGCCGUUGUGACAGCCGUCGCUGUGCUCUAUGACUAUACUAGUUUCGGAACACCCGAGUUCUGCUGGUUGAGAACGGAUAAUUUCUUCAUUUUCGCAUUUGUCGGACCUGCCGUCGUUAUUUUUGCCUUGAACACUCUCUUCUUAGUAAUGACGUUGUGCAUCGUGUGUCGUCAUUCUUCUGGGGGUUAUUUACCUUGUCGUCAUGACUCUGACACAGGAAGAAACGUUAGAACUUGGGUAAAAGGUGCACUUGGAAUCUCUUGCCUGUUGGGAGUAACAUGGACGUUCGGAUUACUAUGGGUAGACUCCGAUAGAUCAAUUAUCAUGGCAUAUGCCUUCACUAUUACCAAUUCUCUGCAAGGACUUUUUAUUUUCCUUUUCCAUGUCGUCUUCAGUGAAGUAAUGAGAAAAGAUAUAAGACGUUGGUUUGCUCGUCACGGCUGUUGCGGUACAUCCGAUUCUUCUGACAGGAAGAACAAUCUUCAACGAGGUGCCCUUAGUCCAUCUAAUGGAAGUGGAAGUGGAAGCGAAUUCUUGUAUCCUUCAUCGGAGAAAUACCAUUCAACACCUCGACGUCUUGACUCUUCUACUCCCUAUGGACAUCAAGCACUGAUGCAGCAGUAUCAACAGCAACUUCUUGGUCAUCAAGGAACUUACGACUAUGCUACUAUUCAAUAUGGAGAUAUGGCACCAGCGCAAAUGUAUCAUCAUCACCAGUCUCCACCGAACUAUCGAACUCAACAGCGGAUGGAUUAUCGUAUAUACGGAGGAACUAUGCAUCGUGACCAACUUUAUGGCUAUAAUACCACUAGUGUUUUGUCAUCUCAGCCUGGUCAGUAUCAUCGCCCCCCUCCUGAGUUUUCACCCCCUCCUCCACCUCCUCAAGGUGUUCCAAGAGCUUUAUACUAUGCAUCGCGCCGGCCACCCAGCAGUAAAAUGAGUGAUGACUCAGCUUAUUCUGAAGGAGGAUCGAGUAUGUUGGCAACCGAAGUUACACCUACGGGAGCUACAGUUCUGCGGAUGGAUCUUAGCAAAAAUCCGCCAGUGUAUUGUCAAGAUUUAUAA